CAUCGGGAGAAUCACGGGAAAGGUGGACGUGGAGCAAGUAUUGGAUAUGCUUUUCAGCGAAUUCUGCAUUGGCAAAUGAGCCAUAACGUGACCGACAGCAUAAAUGUGUUGUGACCAUAUCCUCACCCCCUUUGGAACUACUGUAGAUAAUAAAAUAUAAACCUGGAAUUCAUGGUGUACAUUUCAUUUCAACCAUGCUUUCCUCCCGUCUAUUAUGGUUUAUUAGCGGUACACUGUUUGGCAUGGCCACUAUUCUCUUUGCACAACAGUGGACCCAUCCUGUGAGAAACCUGAUUGUCAGGAAGGUAGAACAGAACGCCGUUCCAUCUGUAGCUGAUGAUACUGCCGCUAGUAUCCUGCAAUUUGGUCAUCCUGGGCCUGUAAGCGACGACUUAAAGCGUGACGCCUAUAUGGCAAACUACAACCGACGAGACCGAAACGCGAAUUGGGUCGGAGAACAUUUAAACCGACAAACCUUGACGGCUGGCGAAGGAGUUGAUCGCAGCAGAUCGUCGUUCCGAGAAGAUCCAGCUAUACCACCCAUGUUCCAAGCUUUGCUAAAAGAUUAUAUCAGAAGUGGCUUUGACAGAGGUCAUCAGGCACCUGCUGCUGACGCUACCUUUACUCAACAGGCCAUGGAUGAGACCUUUUUUUUAACCAACAUGGCUCCCCAAGUCGGGGUUGGCUUCAAUCGAGGCUAUUGGGCUUAUGUGGAGGAGUUUGUUAGGAGUUUAGUUGACACAUAUCCCGAUGUAUGGGUGUGGACCGGUGAACUUUUUCUUCCUCAGAAAGGAGAAGAUGGUAAAUUUUAUGUCAAGUACCAGAUGAUUGGAAAUCCUCCAAAUGUGGCUGUUCCAACUCAUUUCUACAAAGUGGUGCUAGCGAAAAGAAAUGAAACGUACAGUACUGCCUCUUUUGUGUUUCCAAACCAACCCAUAGCCAACAAUAUCACCUUGGAAACAUUCAAGGUUGCCCAAGAAGCCAUAGAGAGGGCAUCAGGAUUGACGUUUUUGACGAGCCUUCCACCUGCGCUUCUGACCGACCUUUGCGUGGAGAUCAAAUGUGCAGUAAAGACUGAGCACUCAUAGAGCAUUUACCACCUUACAUACCCAUGCAAUCAAUCACAGUUUCUCUUUAUACCCGGCAUGUCAGAGGAUGACACAUCAAGUUUGAUCAAAUAUUCAGUUUUGCCAAGUAUGAAUAUGGUCAUGAAUUUUCUUGAGCAAUAGAUA